GUAACUGCUUCUGGUGACAGACAGCAGAGGACAGUGGGCUGGCUGUCAGCCAGUCUCAGGUGGAGCUGCCGCUCAGACUCUCCAACACUCACACGGGGACAGGCACAGCACGGUCAUGAAGAUAACCUGAAGGUUUGUCUGCUCAGGAUCACAGUUUGGUGCCAAAGGCAGUACCUGUGGGAAGUCAUGACGGACUUUUGGCUGAUUUCUGUUCCACUGGACAAAACAAGUUUAACCAGUGUAGAGAAACUCAAACGCACCAUUGCCAAAACCAACCUGGCCUCCUCAUGCUGCAAGUUCUCCAUUCCAGAUCUCAAGGUGGGAGUACUGGACAGUCUGCUCAGCGUGUCAGAUGAUCUUUCCAAACUCGACACGCUGACUGAAAGUGUGAUCAAAAAAACAUGCCAGUGUCUGAAGGAGGUGCUGGAGUCUAGUGACAAAGUGCUGGAAAAUGCUUUGGCCAAUGGAGACCACAGCAAGAACCAGAGAGCAGCCCUGUCACCCCUGAAAGCUUACCUCAAGUCUCUGGGGGUUGACUUGAUGAACUUCAUGAUCAAGUUUCAGUGGGACAAAGCAAAGUAUCCUACAUCUCUACCUCUCUCCAGCCUGGCAGAAAUCAUCAACAAGGAAGUUUCGCUGGUGGAGGCAGAGUUAAAAUCUCGUUCUGCAGCGUACAACAGUGUGAAAGCGAGCUUGCAAAACCUCGAGCACAAACUAGAUGGCAAUUUACAAACUUGCAGUCUGAAUGAUGUCAUGAGGAAAGAAGACCUGGUGGUCUCAGAGUACCUCACCACUCUGCUGGUAGUGGUGGCCCGAGGGAGCUACUCGCAAUGGGAGAGGAGUUACGAGUCCUUGUCAAAAUUUGUGGUUCCGCGGUCGAGCAGGAAGCUGUAUGAGAACGGAGAGGGGGGAGUCUUCUCAGUGACACUUUUCAAAAGAGCUGUGUGUGAAUUCAAAGCCAAAGCCCAGGAGAGCAAGUUCUUCGUGCGCGACUACAGCUUUGAUCUGGAGGAGCAGAAGCAGCGGGAGAUUACGCAGCUUAGUUUUCACAAAAAGGAGCAAUAUGGAAUCUUUGUACGCUGGCUGAAGGUGAAUUUCAGUGAAGUGUUUGUUGCCUGGAUUCACUUGAAAGCAUUGCGGGUGUUUGUGGAAUCAGUGCUGAGGUAUGGGUUACCUGUCAAUUAUCAGGCUCUUCUACUGCAGACUGACAGGAAGCACUCGAAGAAACUGAAAGAAGAACUCGCUUCACUGUUUGUGCAUCUGGACCCCACCGCCAGCAUUACUGAUGUGAGCUGUGACAUCCCAGGACUCUGUCAGCAGGAGUACUUCUCCUACAUCUGCUUUCAUAUCAGCACCAACGUGUUGGACAUCAGCUAGCUGUCAACAGCAAGACUGAAAGAGCAAGCACACACAAGCUGUGGUUUGUUCCCAUUCAGUCACUCACAGCCAGAAACAUAAAGACCCUGAUCGCUAAAAUAAAACCGGAGAAUAAAAAUAUAUUGUUUUCAACAUUUCUCUUAAAGGAGAAAGAUGUAAGGUGUAAAUACAGGAAAGUGUAAAUAAUCCUCGGGUCGUCUUCGCCACAAAGCAAGCUGCACGUGUCCUGUGUUUGUCAUGUGCUGUGCGUGGAAUUGUGGAAAACCUUAAAAUAUGUGUAAUAUCAAAGGGAUGUUUUUUUUCAGGGAUUCAUUUUAAAAGUAUAUGUACUGUAAAUAUUAAUGUUGGCUUCAAACAUUUUAGGUGAGCACAUUAUUUCUAGAAAUCUUACAGCUUGCACUAAUAAAAUGGAUUUCUUCAUGCACCAUUGCCUGUUAUUCUGCAAGACAGCCUAAUACAUUUAGAAAUGCAUUAUCCAGAGAAUGGAUUCAUGAAUCUGUAUAGAAACAUCACUUGCGACCCAAUUUAGAUCAGAAUGUUCGUGUGUUGCAAGUCUCAAAAUCUUAAAGUGCUGUUCUGCUCAUUUUCAACUCCAUAGUGUUUUUUCUGGAUUCUAAUAAAGUACUUUUGCAUGAUUCACAGUUCACACCUAUGCUAUAUCAGGCCCUGGUGCAGCUUCUUAGAUCCUCCCCCCUUUAAGCCCACCCUCCCUUUUUAAACCAGCGUUUUUCUCACUGGUUGCCUUUCAUAAAUAGAAACUUUGAGAGCAGGUGAGUGAGGCUGCUGUGCUCAAAGCCAGAUCUGUGUGCCUGAAAUGACCAUAUUUGGAAUUUCCCCUCAGUGAUAUCACACUAAUACAAGGGUGAGAAAAGAGCUCUGUGUGUCCUUUUGCCAUUCACUAUGAAUAUCCACCACUGGAACUGUACAUGUAUCUAAAAACAAUAAAGAACAGCAAAACAGGUUCACUUUGAAAGUAGUCACCAUGUUGUAACAACCCAUAUCCAGCGUUUCACAUGUCCCUUUCAAUAAAAUAAAAAAAUUCCUGCAUUUUCAAAGUAAUAUUUCUAAUCAGUAUUUUUUUUGAUUAGCCAGUAUAUUUUUUUAUAGUCGGUACGAUCACCAGGUGGUGUUGCCAAUUAAAGCAGUACUGACAUUUUUGCUAUUACAACAUGCAGUGUGUGAAAAACGCUGAUUAGGUUUUCUUAGGCUUUAAAGUGGGCUGUGACCAAGUGCUUAACAGACAUCUGCUGCCAACUCUGCUCAACAGCUGGAGACCAGUGAUGCAUUUUCUAAUACUAUCAUCCUGUUUAGUAUGUUGAUUGAUUUCGUAUGGUUUACUAAGAUUUCAUAUGCCCCAGUAACAAAUAUGUGAAAUGCAAUAUGCCAGCAAUUGCUAAGAUGCCAAGAUAUCCUAACGCAACUGGUUGCAUUUAGCAGUAUGCACGCCCACAAGUUUUUCUCUGAUAUAAAUAAUAUCUGAUCCAUAUGUUGCCUAUUGCAAGAUUACGCUUGGAGACUCAGUAUCGUCUGUGAUGCAGAAGGUAAAUUUUGUGCUGCAACAGGUAUGAGAAGGCAAACAUUCACAGUGUGAAUUAAAUAUGAAGUUUAACAUAAUUGUAUGCAUACUACAGCAGCAUGUACCUCUGCAGUAGUGCUAAUAAAGAGGACAUUUGCAUGUAUUUAAUGUGUUAAUAAGAAGAAAAAAUGUCAUUUAAACAUGUUGCUAACUGGUACAAAAUACUCUUUGUACCACUAGUAGUAUAUAGCAGUACUAGUUUACUUCAGGGGUUCUUAACAUGAGCUAACAAGGGUCACAAGCUGCAUUGCAGGUUUUUUAAGAUGAUUAGCAGCACACCAAAGAGGAAAAUAUAGUUUUGUCACAUGCAUACGUUUUGUUGUUGAACUUAUCAGUAAUCCUCGUUUGGACUUGGAUUUGAUAUCUACUUGCUAUGGUAUUUGUCUUAUAUGGUGUUUUAUGUGGACCAGUGUGAGGCUUGAGUCAGAUUGAACAAAAAAAAGAUCUGCAAUGAGAAAAUACAGAAAGCCAAAAGUUGGAGGGAAGAAAAAUCCAAUAAACUAACCAAAUAAACUAAACACAGGAAAGAUUAGAAAGGGAGAAAAAUUAGAUGACAUCCUGACUGAAAGAGAAUGCACAAACUAUACGUACACGCCAGGAAGUGGGAUAAUAAGGUGUGGUUAAACUCAACUGAAACAAUAUCAGGGAUGAAAAAAGAACAGUGAAGAGAAGUAAAAAUACAAAACACCACACAAGGAGCUAAAAUUUGAAAUAGAGAAGUCUCCUUCUUUUGGUUUACACCUGUAAAAGGAAAACACUCAUGAGCACAGGGAAGGUAAAACCUAAUCAGAGUAAGGACUUACCAGCUUCUGAAACUGAGAUUUGGAGUUUACAUGCAUGUAACUUGGGAUACUAAGGAAAAAACACUCAAGCGCAAAGUCACUCAAAUGCAUACGAGUGCACCAGCAGAUCUCACCUAUGGAACAUACUGUUUUUUGUUACUGAUUAAUUAAUUGAUUGGUUUUUGCAGUCAAUCACAAGACAAAAACAUUAGGAUCAUGAAAAAAUAUAUAUAUUAUAAAAGCUAAAGAGUCAAUAUGGAGUAGAUUUAAAUACAAAGUGCUUCCUUAAAGUAGCAUAAAUUGUAAAUAGUCAAGUGAAAGUGAUACAAAAAAAUUAUUGUGCUUAAAUGAAAUACUUGAGUAAAUGUAUUCAGUUACUUUCUACAGCUGAAUUGUUAUUCAGUACAUGGUCACCAGAGAGUGCACUGUCUCUGCUGUGUGCAUCAACCAUUUUAUCUGAUCUCUGAUAUAAAUAAUAUCUGAUCCAUAUGUUUCCUGCUGCAAGAUUACCUUUGGAGACAGUACAGCAGCUGAUAGGUGGAUUAAUUCCACUCUUUGAUGCACAGUGUGGAAAUUUUAAAUUUAGAAAAGUAUGAAGUGAAGAAUAAGGAUAUAAAGCCAUUAUGCAGAGUUUGUGUGUUUAAUAGUUAAUUGUGUUGUUUAAUU